UCAAAUCUCUACUGUGCUUGCCUGAGUUCAACUGUGGUAUUCAGCCUGAAAUGCAGACAUGGGCUCGAUCGGCUGGUCGUGGGAGCAACAUCGUUUUUUAAUGUAUCAAUGUCUUUCACUUCCAUUUGCUUUCUUAUUUUAUUUUCUUGCAAAACGGGGGCAUCUAUCCUUGACAUACAGGUACCUGUUUGUUUCUGCUGGAGGUAGUGUCCUGGCAGUCUUCACGAUGGGCAUCUACAGCACCCUCCUGUUCACCUCCACACUUGCCUUUGUUCUACUCGUGUGCUGUGUGGAUCACAGCUGUAUCCACACCUGGGCAUUUGUUAUGCAGAUGUUGUGGCAAACCUUCUGGCACCUACUUAUACAGUACAGGGAAUACUACCUGCACGAACGAGUCAGCAUCAGACUGUUCUUGGCAGUGUCCACUUUGAUGCUGCUCACCCAGAGAAUCACCUCUGUGUCUUUGGACCUUCAGGAGAAACAAGUCGUACUGACACCAUCCAAAAGGCAGACUUGUGUCACGCUUCUCCCUCUUAUCAGCUACAUCCUCAAUUUUACCACACUGCUUGGUGGUCCUUUGGGUUCCUAUGGACAAUUCAUUACUCUAAUGGAGGGGAUCAACCUCACCUCGCCACCCAGUCCUCCUGGUGUAGUUUUCCUAAAGCUGAUGCAAGUGUUAAUGCUAGAGUGGGUUAGAUUUUAUCUCGUCUUUUUUCUGAAACAUCUUAUCCAUGAUUUCAACCCUGGCAUCCUCUAUGGCAUCCUGUCGACCUGGUGUCUUGGACUGGUUUUAAGAAUACAGUAUUACUCUCACUGGAAGAUCAGCGAAUGCCUCAAUAACGCAGCAGGGUUUGGCUUUUGGGAAGAUUCAUCUGGGGACUAUUUCUCCAAAUGGAGCGGACUAUCCGAUGGGGACUUCUGGACCACUGAGGCAUCGAUAUGCAUGUCACAGUUUGCUCGUCGCUGGAACGCCACAACAGCUUCAUGGCUGCGUAGACUAGUUUAUGCAAGGCACAAACACUUCCCACUGCUCAUGUGCUUUGGUUUUUCACUGUGGUGGCACGGUUUACAUUUAGGACACUUUGUGGGGUUUUUCACCUGGGCAGCAACAGUGAAAGCAGACCAUCAUAUUCACAGGAACCUUCUCCCAAAUAUUACACCGACACAGAGAAAAAUCUACACUUUUGUAAACUGGAUAAACACUCAAAUGAUUGUUACCUGCAUUGUUAUAGCGGUAGAAUUUAGAAAUUCGUCUGGUUUGAGACUUUUAUCCAAAACAUACAUAGGUCUUUUUCCACUUGUUAAUAUAAUCCUGCACUUUAUCGUUUUAAACCUCAAUUCACUAGAACAGUAGUCAAACAAAGAUAUAUUAUUAAAGCAAAAAGAACGUUGACUUUGGCUUCAGGAACAUAACAUAUAACUGGGCUUAGAUUAUAACACUUUCUACGUUUCAGAUGCAAUUAUAAAACUCUAAUUACACCCCUACCUCUUCUAUAUGAAUUAAGAGGGUAAGUAGCAGCCACAUGCUGUUAAUCAAAAAACAAAAGCAAAAGCAAAUGUGAUCACCUCUAUGAAAGCGGUUGUUUCAGCGGUUUCUGGGUCGGAGCAUUCAGAUGUAAUAUGGGCUACAUCUCAGACUCUCAUGGCAGUACAAUUUUGACUGAACAGUUGUGGCUUGUUUGCCAGAAGAAAAAUCUCUUUCUAAAAAGAAAGCAGCAGUUUAGGUUUGCCAAGUUUCAACUGAAUGACACACAAGAAAAAAACCCAAAAAAAAAACCCAACAUGGCCAUAAUGCACAGAACUACGUUUGGCAAAAACCAAAACACAGGAUGCCGAGGACCUGGACACCUUAUAUUCACUGAGUCGACCUUCAACUCUUCUGUAUACUGAAGUACUUUAGAGUCAAAUGUGAGGCCAUCUGUGUGACAGCUAAAGUUUUGCCAAAAGUGGGUUGUACAACAGGACAAUGAUCCCAAGCACACCUGCAAAUCUACAACAGAAUGGCUAAAAAAAGAAACACAUCAAAGUGUUGCAAUUGACUGGUUAAAGUCCAGUCCUCAACCUGAUUGAAUUGCUGUGGUGGGACCUUAAGAAACUUUUGCAUAAACAAAUGCCUGCAAAUAUCGAGCUGAAGCAACACUAAAGAAGAGUGGGCCGAAAUUCCUCUACAACAAUGUAAGGAACUGAUAAACUCAUAGAGAAAAUGAUUAAGUUAUUGCAACUAAACAUACCUUCUAUAUUGGAAGAUGUACUUAGUUUUUCACUGGACGUAAAUGAAUUCUCUUUCAAAUUUGUUCAAAAGUUUUAGAGUACUGAAACAUCAUGGGUGAGAGCAGUCUCAUGUUGCAAAAGCACUAAAAAGAACCAGUAAAGUCUGCAGAUCUACACGCCGACUCUCACCAAAGUCCUAUAAUUAAUAACUGGAAGUGGUUUCUGACACAUAAGCACAGGUAAAGUGGGUAAAUGCUGCCUGGCCAGCAUAA